AUGUCUGUUGACCUCGGAAACGAAGCAUUUGAAGUACAGUCAUGGUGUAGUGACUAUGAAGGAGCAGGGUCCUUUCAGACACGGUCUACUGCAUCCACGGCAGCCACAAACGAGCUCUCAGAGACAAGUGAGGACCGCGCAUUUGUGCUUUCCGAUGGAGAGCCAUCCAGGAGCGCGAGCAGCGCGUCAGGUCUCUCUGGGACAAACCACCUUCCUAGUGUCGAACAAGAUGGUUCCUAUCCUAAUGAGGUCUGUCGUAAGUGGCCCGUCAAUACCAUAGCAAAGCGGCGGGUGAAUGAGGAUGGCCAUCUUGUCGAGCAGUACCUGGUUCUGUGGUGCUCUUGGGAGAGGAUUAUGCCUGCAAUGAUACGAUCCCAGCAAGAGUGA